AUUUUACAACUAUUAACACAAAUGAUAUAUUAUUUACAUCAAUUGCUACUCAAUCUAAAAAUCUUGUUAAUAAAAUUGCUACUCAAACUAAAAAUCUUGUUAAUAUAAUUGCUACUCAGACUAAAAAUCCUGUUAAUAUAAUUGCUACUCAGACUGAAAAUCUUAUUAAUACAAUU